GAAGUGUGAAAAACGCUCCCAAAAUUUGCUAUUGGGUCUUUCUCUCGUGUUUGUUGUUUGUUGUUUGUUGUUUGUUUGUUUGGUUGUUUUCUAUUUCUUUCAAACCCUUUUCCCCUUUAUUUCCACUUUACGUUGAAUCAGCGGAGACGCAUAAAGGAAGUUGGAGAGAGAAAGCACAUAUAUAUGUACAACACUCAGAUAUUUUUAGCAUUUUCCGAUCGCACUUUUCUUCUUCUCUUCUUCCUCCUCAAACUUAGGGUUUCUUCUCUUCACUUCUUUCAUUGCUUGAGAGUUGAUUUGAUGUUGACGAAAAUUGUUAGCUUUUUAGUGGAAUUCUGGUGCUAGGAAGGAGAAAUAACUUGCAUUUGAGGGUUUCUUAACCUAUCCCUGUUGAAAAAAAGGUUAGCUGAAUUUUGUGUUGGUAGAAAGGACUUGUGGGAAGGUAUUGGGUUUUGAUUUCUGGGUAUUUUGACUAUGCCAACAUCGUGGGCUGAUUCGGUUUCUGCAGCCGAGAAUCUGGCUGCUGCUGCUCCCCCAAAGUCCGCAUAUGUUCCACCACAUCUUAGAAAUAGACCUGCUUCAACUGAUCCUCCUGCACAGGCUUCCUAUGCUGGGGCUGCUGCAUCUGGUCAGGGCCAAAGUGGUUAUGGUGGCCCAAAUGUAGGUGGAAGUCGUUGGAGUGGUCCUAGGAAUGAUUUCCAAUCUGGUUAUGGUGGUGGAGGAGGCCGUGGCGGGGGCUGGAAUAGCAGAACAGGUGGUUGGGAUCGGGGGAGGGAACGGGAAGCUAACCCCUUUGCAGAUGAUGAUGCUGAACCCUUUGUUGAACCAGAGAAUUCUGGGAUCAACUUUGAUGCGUACGAGGAUAUUCCUGUGGAGACAAGUGGGGAUAAUGUGCCCCCUCCUGUGAACACUUUUGCUGAGAUUGAUUUAGGUGAAGCUGUAAACCAAAAUAUCAGGAGAUGCAAGUAUGUUAAGCCAACCCCUGUGCAACGGCAUGCUAUACCAAUUGUACUCUCUGGUAAAGAUUUGAUGGCUUGUGCUCAGACUGGUUCUGGCAAAACUGCUGCUUUCUGCUUCCCCAUCAUAAGCGGAAUCAUGCGGGGGCAAUUUCCAAGACCUCCAUGUCCGCGGGUGGCAUUUCCACUGGCUCUUAUUCUUUCUCCGACAAGGGAGCUCUCAUGCCAAAUCCAUGAUGAAGCUAAGAAAUUCGCAUAUCAAACUGGUGUCAGGGUGGUUGUUGCUUAUGGUGGUGCUCCCAUAAACCAACAGCUUCGAGAACUAGAGAGAGGAGUGCAUAUUCUUGUGGCAACACCUGGACGAUUGGUUGAUUUACUUGAGAGAGCUAGAGUCUCGUUACAGAUGAUAAGGUACUUGGCUUUAGAUGAGGCAGAUCGAAUGCUUGAUAUGGGUUUUGAACCUCAAAUAAGGAAAAUUGUGCAACAAAUGGACAUGCCUCCAUCAGGUGCAAGACAGACAAUGCUAUUCAGUGCCACUUUUCCCAAAGAGAUUCAGAGACUGGCAUUGGAUUUUCUUUCAAAUUAUAUCUUUUUGGCCGUGGGAAGGGUUGGCUCUAGUACUGAUCUGAUUGUCCAAAGAGUUGAAUACGUUCAGGAGACUGACAAGAGAAGCCACUUGAUGGAUCUCCUUCAUGCACAGAGGGCAAAUGGUGCUCAUGGCAAG